AUGUUGCCCGAAUCAAGUUCAUCUCAUGUUCAAAAUUCAUCUCGUGAAUCUAGUCAAGUUCCAGAAUUUUUAACAAAUGCGGUAGAAACGGCUAUUGUAGUUAAUUUAGAAAAUAAUGAAAAUCUGGAUUCCAAUAUAGAUAUUAGAAUAAACGAUGUAAGGAAGAAAAGAAAAUUGGCUUUGACGAAUCUAGAAAAACAAGCAGAGAAGAUGUUAAAAUUUUCCAAUUCCAAAUAUCCAUCGGCUAAACUAGGUAACACAGUUAGAAUACGAGUGCCAGAUGUGGACCGAGCUCGUAGUGAUCAAAGAAAUCUACUAGCUAUCGUGACAGAGAUAACUGAAAAAACGCUUUACAAACUAGGCACAAAAUAUGGCAUACUAAAUCAGUUAUAUUCAAGAAACCAGUUUACCGUUUGUAAAGAAAAGUUUAUCUCCAUAGAAGAGAUUCCAGACACUGAGAUAUCUCUUAGAGAAUGCGCAAGAAAAUCUUCUAACUGUGGGGGACAAGGAUACAGUAGGUGCGGUUGUAAAGGUGGGUGUAAAUCUGAUAAGUGUAAAGUCUCGGCCUAA